AUGUCGUCAAACUUAUCUCACUUGUUGAGAAACUCCCGUAUUGCUCAAGUUCCAAAAUCAAAGAAUCCACUUACCUCAACGGCUCCAAAAUAUGCUCCAACUCACCAAAUAAUCGAAACAAGACCUUCUACUUUGCAUCGUCAAGAAUGGGGUCUUAAGAGCUCGUUGCCCUCCAAAGUCAAGACCCGUUACAUUGUUUAUAAUGACCUAGACACUUUAGAGCGCCUAACAACAUUUGAGCCUAAUGGAGGUUCUCAAUGGAACCGUAUUAGAUUUCAAGAGCUAGGCGUCGCUCCUAAAUACAACCCUGGUAAGGCCAAUCCACUUUUUGAAGCAUCGGCUUCAUCCAGAAAUCAACUUGUACCGCUAAGCUCCCUGCUUAAUGUGGAUUCGUCCACUCCUAAGGCUGAAAUUGAGAGGAAGGUUGCCCAAAUGAAGAAUAUGCGCGGUACGUUCAAACAGUGGCUCUUGCUACGCGAUCCGGAGGUGCUGAAAAACAAAUCUUUUACCAUCAAAGACAUGACUGAUAGUGCAGUGGAGUUUUUGACGGAAGCUACCGAUUCGAAUGUCAGUCUAGAUUCAAACUCUCUACGCAAGACCAUUGGUACUGGUGGCUUAACAUACAACCUGCAUGGUAGGCUAAGAAACUCUCCAAAUGGUGUUGUGCAAAAAACCGUGGUACCUGGUAGAUUCCUCAAUGUCGAAGGUAACGACCGAUUGGCCGCUAUCGGUGGGUUUGUGGCAAAUGCCGGCUCUUCUUCCGUCUCCACAUCUCAAAUGGACUACAGAAUGGGUGAUUUUGUUAGGCAAUUGCAAUUUCCAUUUGCAGUUAACCAUGCCACUGUUCAAGACAACGGAAAAGUUGUUUUGAGAGCAAAUGCAAUAAGUGGAAUGAGUUCCAGAGCAAGGAUACAAAUGAACGGUAGAACUUAUCAACAGCGUCCUCCUAGAAAAAGCUCAAUGAGGAGCACAUCUGCAAAAGAAUCGACAAAGCAUGCUGAAGAGCUGCUGAACAUAUUAACCAAUUUCGACAGCGGCAAAGGUAAGAAACUGAGAUAG